CCUAAAUUGUAAGCGAGCUUGCUUGUUGCUCCUAUAAAUUCAUAAACCCUAACUUCAUUUUCCUCUCGCAGACGCAGCCAUGGGUAUCGAUCUUAUCGCCGGAGGUAAGAGUAAGAAGACAAAAAGGACUGCUCCAAAGUCCGAUGAUGUUUACCUCAAGCUUCUCGUCAAGCUUUACCGGUUUUUGGUGAGGAGAUCUGAAAGCAAGUUCAAUGCUGUGAUUCUAAAGAGGCUUUUCAUGAGCAAAGUCAACAAAGCUCCUCUUUCACUCUCUAGGCUUGUGGAGUUCAUGACGGGCAAGGAGGACAAGAUUGCUGUGUUGGUUGGAACCAUCACUGAUGAUUUGAGAGUUCAUGAGAUUCCUGCCAUUAAAGUUACUGCCUUGAGGUUCACAGAGAGGGCUAGAGCUAGAAUUGAGAAAGCUGGGGGAGAGUGCUUAACCUUUGACCAGCUUGCACUCAAAGCUCCAUUGGGCCAGAACACAGUUCUCCUUAGAGGACCAAAGAACUCUCGUGAAGCAGUGAAGCAUUUUGGACCUGCUCCUGGUGUGCCACACAGUAGCACUAAGCCAUAUGUUAGGCAUAAGGGAAGGAAGUUUGAGAAAGCUAGAGGAAAGCGAAAGAGUCGUGGAUUCAAGGUCUAAGAUAACUUUGUUGUGUUUCGUUUUGCUUGGUUUCAGUAUCGAAGUUUUGGUAGGGAACACUGGUUCCUCUUUGCCCUGUUCCAGACAUUGUUUUAAGUUCUGUUUCUCUUCUUAAGACUAUUGGAUAUUUUGCUUUGUCUUUUAAUCUUACUACUACUAGCCUCUUUGAGACUUGUCUAGAAUUCGGUUUGGAUUGCAUUGUUCUAUUAUUUAUAAACAAUUUCAUUCCAUUA